UUUUGUUUUCAUUAAUACAACAAACAACAAAGAAUGAAGAAAAAUAACAUAACAUUCUACAAUUGAUGAUUGGCGUCAUCAACGAACAGCUAUCAUUCGAAUACCAGAAGUAAACAAAAUGAAUUCUCGACCAUUUUUACUUGUUUUCAUCACUUUUUUCAUACUCGGCUACCAUCAUCAUCAUCAUAUGGCUCAGGCAGCCUCAAAACGUUUGAAAAGUCGCAAUACAGCCAAACGAAUUCGAUCGGCUUGUGAUCAUAAAGAGAUGGAAUCCUGUAGCCAAAAAUUAACGAUGAUUGGUGAUGAAAAAUUCAUCUUUCCAACAAGUGUCAAACAGAUGGAGAAACGAUGUCGUGAUAUAAAAUCAUUACAACGAUGUGUCAAGAAUAAUGCACAGAAUUGUUAUGACACGGAUACGAAUCGUUAUAUAUUGAUCCUGUUGUACAGCAUAACCAAAACGAAUCGUGCUUAUUGUCGUAACAGUAAAAAACGACUAGCUUUUAUCGGUUUUGGCAAAUGUGCCAAUAAAAAUAUCAAAUUAUUGAAUCAAUAUAUGGCUGGUUUAAAUCGAGAUUUUCAUUCCAUCAAACAUUUGAACAAAGACCAAAAAUUGACCAUACCGUUGCUUUGCUGCAAUUAUCACAAAUUCAAAACUAAUAUAGCGAAUUUAUUCGAGGAUCAAUGUCCAGAUGAUUUGCCCGAAGUGGAAAAUCUACUCAAUGGCUAUGUGGGAGAUUUAUUGAAUGUCGGUUGUGGUGAUUUCGGUGAUGACGAUGAUCGUUGUGAUUCGGUGAUUAAGAAGACACCGAAUUGGACUGAACCAUUGGAACAUAAAGACUUUAUCAUACCACUCGUACAGAUUAUUGAUCAAAUCAAUACGGUGCCAAAUUCGACAGAAUUGGACAACACUAGACUUGACUGACAUAUUUACUUUUAAAUAAUCAAAAUCAUCAAAAUAAUCAUUCAUUCUUGAAUCUCUGGACAAAAAUUUGAUAUAUUGAUAAAAAAUAAAAACCAUUCUAAAAAUGUUACAAUAUCGAUAAGAGAUGGAACCACGCGUCACAUUGAAUUUUGAUAUUCCACAUUCAAUAAGCCAAUUGUAGUUGAAAAUGUACAUCAAUCUGUUGGAAAGAAUAAAAAUGAGAAACUAAAAUUGAAAA